AUGGUAAUUAAGGUGCUGGAGAUGCAAGAUAUUCUGUUAGAUUCCAUCCUUUACCUCCUGUGGCUCCAUGACACUGCCACUGCCCUGCUGUCUCUUCUGGUGCUGGUGCCCCACUGCCGCUGGCAACUGCUGCCGCUAGCCGUGCGCGGGACUCCAUCAUGUAGGCCGUGGGACCCUGUGCCUGCCACCUGGCCAAGCCCCCCUGGACUCGCUUCCCGGACCGUGGGUUCUCUUCCCACGCGCUGGGCUCCCUACCCGGCCACUGGGCUCUAUCUGGGGCCCCUGCGCUCGCCACCCGCCCGCUGGGCUCCAUCUCGGCCCCUGGGCCCCCUCCUCAUCUUCUGGGCGCUCUCUCUACUUGGGGAGCCAGGCCUUCCUAUUAGAAAGUUAGAGACACGGCCCUGCCGCCAGCUCCGCCAGCUCUGCGCCCCCCCCUCCCUUGGCCGAGCUGCCUGCGCCCUGUCCCCGCAGUCCCACCCCUUCCCCACCGCCCUGCUCCCUGACCUGCCGCCCAUGCUGUCCUUGGCCCUGGCCUCAGGAUCUCACUCUCUUUGCUACAACUUCACCAUCAUGCUCAAGUCUCCACCUGCACGGUCAUGGUGUGCGGUUCAAGGCCAGGUGGAUGAAGAUCCUUUCUGUCAUUAUGACUGUGGGAACCUCAAGAUGGUGAAUGUCAGUCUCCUGGGGAAGAAGAUAAACGCCAUGAAGGAAGGGGAGGAACAGACACAAACGCUGAGAGACAUAGGGGCAGAGCUGAGGCAGCGAGUGCCUGGCAUUGAACUGGAGAACUACAGCCCCAGAGCCCCUGUCACCCUGCAGGCCAGGAUGUGCUGUCAGCUGGAAGCUGGAGGAGACACCACAGCAUCCUGGCAGCUGGGCUUUGAUGGACAGAUAUUCCUCCAGUUUGAUCCGAAAACCAUGAAGUGGACACAGGUUCAUCCUGGAGGCAGACGGAUGAAGGAGGCCUGGGAGAAGGACAGGGGUCUGAGCAUAUUCUUGAAGAGAACCUCAGAGGGAGACUGCAGACUGUGGCUGAGGGCACUGGGGGCUCACAGGAAGGAGACAUUGGAGCUCACGGUCUUACCCUGGGCGACGCAGCACCGCCCCACCUUCCCCAAGCGCCUGCGUCCUGCCGCCAAAGUCCUCAGCUGGGAGAAGAGUGCUGAUCGCCAGUACCGGGGCCACCGCGCGCAAACCGCCUCCUUCCCUGUGAGCCGAGCGCUGAGCACCAAGACCGCCCGGCACAGCCCUCACUGCCCCCUCUCUGUGGGUGACACUGUCGCCUGCCCACUGCAGCCCCCACGCCUGCGCCGGGCGAGACUCCUCCGAACCCGAGUUGCCAGCAUUUGCCUCCCGGGUGGCUUCACCGAAACCUAUUCGCUCCUCCUUGUAAAACAGAUUCUCCCAGCUCCGUUAUUAGGGGACCCCAAGACCUGUACCUUCAUAGACCGAAUCAGCAGAGACCUCUUGUCGACACCGCGAUCGCCCACCGGACCCCUCGUGCGCUCUGGCCCCCGUGAUGCGGACUGCGGGCACCAAGCUCCGUCUCCUGUUUCUGCUGCUAGGCUGCUCUUUGGAGGUGCCACUUCCAGGAUGUGGGUGCCCACUCUCGCUCCUCCUCAGCCCAGCCGCCCGGCCCUGCGCCCCGGUGUCCUCUUACGGACUUGCCGCGCUCCCGUCUCCCACUGGCGGCUUGUGCAGGUCAGACACGGCUCCUUGGCCGAGCUGCCUGCCGUCCCCGCGUCCCACCCCUUCCCCACCGCCCUGUGGGUGCCUCGCUGCCUGACCUGCCGCCCAUCCUGUGCCUCAGCCCUGGCCCCAGGAUUUCACUCUCUUUGCUACAACUUCACCAUCAUGCUCAAGUCCCCAUCUGGACGGUCAUGGUGUCAGGUUCAAGGCCAGGUGGAUGAAGAGCCUUUCUGUCAUUAUGACUGUGGGAACCUCAAGAUGGUGAAUGUCAGUCUCCUGGGGAAGAAGAUAAACGCCAUGAAGGAAGGGGAGGAACAGACACAAACGCUGAGAGACAUAGGGGCAGAGCUGAGGCAGCGAGUCCCUGACAUUGAACUGGAAAACUACAGCUCCAGAGCUCCCGCAGCCGCGCACUUUGUGCAGCCAGCGUCCCGGCUCCCGAAAGAGGGCGUCACAGGCCUCCCGGCGACGGGCCCGGGAAGGCUUCUCCGCAGCCCGCGGUCAAGUGCACAGAACCCCACCACAUUUGCUGUCUGA